AUGUGAUACAAGCUAAAGCUCAAAGCGUUUGAAAACAAACACAUAAAUGCGUGAGGCGUGACAAGGUUUAUACUCAAUCAUGGCGGUACUCUGGAGACUGUUAGCCAUUCUCAUCAUUUUUUUUAUCAAUCACCCAAGUCCAUCAUAUGGUGCUGUUCUUAAGUUUGAAAGGUCAAAGGUCUUUGAAGAUAUUUUCAAAGUAUCUCCAGGGAGAUUGUUACCUGGAAACAAAAAGCGCCCCCUGGAGGACUGGAUACAAGAGAUCCAGGGCUAUAGAGCAAUUGCUGACCAGAUUAUAGAGAGGUCUGUGCAUGGCCCUGCUGCAAAUCAGUCCUACAACAGACUAGCUACGUUUGUGGACAAGUUUGGCAAUCGACAGGUUGGCUCACAAAACCUAGAGGAUUCCAUAGACUACAUGCUGGACAAACUGAAAGAGGAUGGUCUGAAAAAUGUCCACGGAGAAGAAGUCUGGGUUCCACGCUGGGUGAGGGGACAGGAAUCAGCAGAAAUGCUGUCACCUAGAAGAAAGGAUCUCGCCCUUCUAGGCCUUGGUACUAGUGUGGGAACUCCUGAGAAUGGCAUCCAAUCAGAAGUCAUUGUGGUAAGGUCAUGGGCUGACCUUGAUCAACAUGCGAAGCAGGUGAAGGGGAAGAUUGUGGUGUACAACCAGGAAUGGAUAAGCUAUAGUGUGUCUGUGGACUACCGCAGUAAUGGGGCAGCAAGGGCUGCGGUCUACGGGGCAGUGGCCACACUCAUACGCAGUGUCACCCCUCUGUCCAUCUACAGCCCACACACUGGCAUGCAGGACUACGCAGAUGGUGUCAAGAAGAUUCCAACAGCAUGUAUUACAGUUGAGGAUGCCGAGAUGAUGGACCGAAUGCAGCAGCGAGGUGAGAAGAUUGUGGUGAAACUAAUGAUGGGAGCUCGGAACCUUCCACCAGUCAAAUCAAGGAAUACUGUGGCUGAAGUGGUGGGCAGUACUUAUCCUGAUGAGGUUGUGUUGGUCAGUGGACAUUUGGACAGCUGGGACGUUGGUCAAGGGGCAAUGGAUGAUGGUGGGGGUGCCUUCAUUUCCUGGCAGGCUUUGUCCUUGAUCUCUCAGCUGGGACUCCAACCCAAAAGGACAAUGAGGAUGGUUAUGUGGACAGGAGAGGAAAUCGGAGCUGUCGGAGCUGAAGCUUACUUCCAGGCUCACAAGGAGAACAUCGGUAAAUUUGAUAUGGUAAUGGAGUCAGAUAUUGGAACUUUCCUGCCAUAUGGGAUACAAUUUACUGGUAAUGAAGAAGCUACAAAGAUAAUGAAGUCUGUACUUGACUUACUACAACCGAUCAACGCUACUAAACUAAAACCUGGGGCUGACGGUGAGGACAUUGAUAUGUGGAUGUCUCAUGGUGUACCAGGUUCAAGUCUAUAUUUAGAUACUUCUAAAUACUUUUACUAUCACCACACUAAUGGCGACACAAUGACAGUCCAGAAUCCUGGAGAAAUGAACCUAUGUGCUGCUGUGUGGGCAGUGGUGGCAUUUACAGUGGCAGACAUGGAGGAAAUGUUGCCACGAUAAACCUCCGAUAGUAAGGAUCAUAAGUUGUCAUAGUAACCUGUAGGAUGAUAUUGAAUCACAUGUCACCUAUGUGAUAUAGAAUCACUUGGAUACAAGGUGAUAUAGAAUCACUUGUCACCUAGGUGAUAUUGAAUCACAUGUCACCUUGGUGAUAUUGAAUCACUUGUCUCCUAGGUGAUAUUGAAUCACAUGUCACCUUGGUGAUAUGAUAUUGAAUCAUGUGUAACCUAGGUGAUAUUGAAUCACUUGUCACCUUGGUGAUAUUAAACCACUUGUCACUAUGGUGAUAUGGAAUCACUUGUCACCAUGGUGAUAUAGAAUCACUUGCCACCAUAGUGAUAUAGAAUCACUUGUCACCAUGGUGAUAUGGUAUCACUUGUCACCAUGGUGAUAUUGAAUCACUUGUCACCUUGGUGAUAUUAAACCACUUGUCACAUUGGUGAUAUUGAAUCAAUUGUCUCCUGGGUGACAUAGAAUUCCUUGUCACAUUGGUGACAUGGAAUCAGUUGUCACCUUGGUGAUAUUGAAUCACAUGUCACCUAGGUGAUAUUGAAUCACAUGUCACCUUGGUGAUAUUGAAUCACAUGUCACCUUGGUGAUAUUGAAUCACAUGUCACCUUGGUGAUAUUGAAUCACUUGUCUCCUAGGUGAUAUUUAAUCACUUGUCACCUUGGUGAUAUUGAAUCACAUGUCACCUAGGUGAUAUAGAAUCACUUGGAUACUAGGUGAUAUAGAAUCACUUGUCACCUAGGUGAUAUUGAAUCACAUGUCACCUUGGUGAUAUAGAAUCACUUGUCUCCUAGAUGAUAUAGAAUCACUUGUCACCUAUGUGAUAUUGAAUCACUUGUCACCUUGGUGAUAUGAUGUCGAAUCAUAUUCUUCAUGUUGAAUCAUACAAUGUCAUGAACUUGAUGUAAAUCACCGGUUGGUUGCCUUGAUGAUGAGGUUGGUAUUGUGAUUUUUCCUAGACUUUCUGUGUAUAUUUUUCUCAUGUUUAUUACAGAAUAUUUUGACCAGAAUUUUAAACUAUACAUUACACAGUCAGGGGUGUUUAUUGUCACUAGUUUGCUGCCCAGGUCUAUGCUCAUGCUUUCUUGAUGUAUCUUUAUAAUUAUAUUUAUAUAUUUAUUUUAUUUAUUCCAAAAACAUCUUAAUCAGAAUUUUACAUUUUUCACAUUUCAUAUAUACAAAUACAGUCUUGAUGAAGCACCUUUUGCAUGAGUCGUACACUUUUAAUGGUGAUGUUAUUCUUAUUUCAAUUUACUUAAACAGCUGGCCUUUCUUGACACGUUUCUACAAUCAGUUUUAUGAAUAAGCAUGACAAUUGUUUUUGUUUUUAAAGUAUUGUCCCAAAAAAAUAACAAUUUUAGUCAACUGAUGAUUGAUUUAUUCCAGUGACGAUUCGUUAGUUUGGGAAGGUUAUGACUUGGUCACUUGUUUGGGUUGUUUUUCAAUGUAUUUCUCUAACAAGUUUUUGUUUGAUGACAUUUCUACCUCCAAACAUUGAUAUUACGGACCCCUGGUUUUUUCCAAAGAGACAUAUCUGAAAAGAAAAUACAUUUCUAGUCUUAAUUUUCAGUGUGCCAGAUACAGUUUUUGUUUUAAAAAAUUACUUACCUAUUUGAAAUAUAAUUAUACCUCACAAAAAACACUUGUAGGGGAUAUUAGAUGGGCUCUAUACAUCAAACUGUUUGUGCAUUCCGAGCAACAGCUCCAAAACCUUCCCACAUAUCCAUGAAACUUUGUACAUCUAUCAGGCUGGAGUCCUGAUACUGCCUUGUGCUAUUAGGAAAUUAUUAUUUUCAAUUCAUUUCCUGUUAUCAUGGAAACAAAUACCCAAAACUACAAAAAUCUUGUUUCUUUGAUUUUCCAGGCCAGAACCUGAAAGUUGUUUCGCAUAUCUCUAUAAAACUUGGUACAUACAUCAGACUUUUGCUCUUGUGUUUUUUCCUAUUUUGGAAUUAUUAUUUUCAAUAUCUUUUCUGAUUCAAUAGAAACAAUGAGCCAAAAAUUCAGUGUGUCCAAUCUUUACCAGACAAUAAGUCUAGAACCAUUAUAAAAGUCAGUGUUUCCAAUCUUUACCAGACAAUAACUCUAGAACCAUUCAGACUAUUCAGUGUUUCCAAUCUUUACCAGACAAUAACUCUAGAACCAUUAUACAAUUCAGUGUUUCCAAUCUUUACCAGACAAUAACUCUAGAACCAUUAUACAAUUCAGUGUUUCCAAUCUUUACCAGACAAUAACUCUAGAACCAUUAUACAAUUCAGUGUUUCCAAUCUUUACCAGACAAUAACUCUAGAACCAUUAUACAAUUCAGUGUUUCCAAUCUUUACCAGACAAUAACUCUAGAACCAUUAUACAAUUCAGUGUUUCCAAUCUUUACCAGACAAUAACUCUAGAACCAUUAUACAAUUCAGUGUUUCCAAUCUUUACCAGACAAUAACUCUAGAACCAUUAUACAAUUCAGUGUUUCCAAUCUUUACCAGACAAUAACUCUAGAACCAUUAUACAAUUCAGUGUUUCCAAUCUUUACCAGACAAUAACUCUAGAACCAUUAUACAAUUCAGUGUUUCCAAUCUUUACCAGACAAUAACUCUAGAACCAUUAUACAAUUCAGUGUUUCCAAUCUUUACCAGACAAUAACUCUAGAACCAUUAUACAAUUCAGUGUUUCCAAUCUUUACCAGACAAUAACUCUAGAACCAUUAUACAAUUCAGUGUUUCCAAUCUUUACCAGACAAUAACUCUAGAACCAUUAUACAAUUCAGUGUUUCCAAUCUUUACCAGACAAUAACUCUAGAACCAUUAUACAAUUCAGUGUUUCCAAUCUUUACCAGACAAUAACUCUAGAACCAUUAUACAAUUCAGUGUUUCCAAUCUUUACCAGACAAUAACUCUAGAACCAUUAUACAAUUCAGUGUUUCUAAUCUUUACCAGACAAUAACUCUAAAACCAUUAUUCAGUUCAGUGUUUCCAAUCUUUACCAGACAAUAACUCUAGAACCAUUAUACAGUUC